GGACGACACUCAUAAAUCUCGACAAUUCCAACUUUCGCAUUAUGUCAAAUAACCACAAACAUGUUAUUAUUAUCGGCGCUGGAGCUGUUGGAGCUUCGGUGAGCUAUUUUCUUUCAAAGAAAAAUCCCAAUCUCAAAAUUACUGUCGUUGAAAAAACUGGUGUGGCACAAGCUGCGUCCGGAAAAAGUGGAGGGUUCUUAGCACUCGACUGGUCAGAAUCGACGGAGCUAGGACCUCUAUCCAGUAAAUCUUUUCGGAUGCACGAAGAGCUUGCUGAAGAACUGAAUGGGGAAUCUUACGGCUAUCGUAAAGUCGAUACGUAUGCUGUUACCAUGGGGUCUGCCGCAGAUGGCAAAAAACUCGGCGAAAUUUCGUGGCUCGACACUUCGAAAGUUGAACGAAUUCAGUCUAUGGGAAGCAAGAAAACGACUGCUCAAGUACAUCCUUACUAUUUUACCAACAAGCUCAUUGACGAAGCUAAAAACCGAGGUGUGGAAGUGCUGUGCGGCCAAGGCGUAAAAAGUCUAGUAUGGGACAGUUCGACCAACGAGUUGACAGGAGUAAUACUGGACAACGAUACUGAGAUCCAUGGUGAUGCUGUUGUAGUGUGCAUGGGUCCAUGGAGCAGUACGCUACCUAUGAGAUCCAGCAAGUCACCAAGAGGGAAACUGCCUAUCAUUGCAGCACGCGCCCAUAGUAUAGUAUUGAAACCCAACAGUGAAGUGCCUGCCCAAGCUUUGUUUUGCAGCAUUCAGUUAAACCGCAACUUUUAUGACCCAGAGAUAUACCCUAGACCGGAUUCCACUGUUUAUAUAUGCGGGGAGACUGAUGAUGAACCACUACCUUUGUCGGCGACAAAAAUCCAGAUAAAGCAAUCUUCCAUCGCCACUCUUCGUCAACUUGCUGCAGCUGCAUCGCCAUCACAUUUGGAAGGAGCUGAUCUCGUGGCUGCACAAGCAUGUUAUCUUCCUACAUCAAAGGAUGGCCUUCCAUUGAUUGGAGAGCAUCCUAACUCCCGUGGUGUAUAUAUCGCCACUGGACACUCGUGCUGGGGUAUUUUGAAUGCACCAGUUACUGGAUUAAUGCUAGCAGAGCUCAUUGAUGAUGGCCAGAUAACAAGUGUUGAUUCAGCCACAGUAGCUGCUGUCAACCCAAAAGGACGCUGUUGAUGGCCUGAUCUCUCUUAAAUGUAUAUCUAAAAACUCUCCUGUAUGUCGCCUCUCAACCCCUUGUAACCAUUGUUUCACUAUUAAAAUUUAAAUCGCGAGAACUGAAGUAACACAAUUACGUUGAUGUUCGAUACGUCCAUGAAUAUCAUCUCAAGGUGUUUCGUUUUCAAGUGAUCUAUCGCUUUCCCAUUUUGGCAGACUUUAGGAUUCCACAAAGGGUG